AUCCCUCGCCCCGCCCCCUGCCGGCCGGCCGCCCCGGAAUGCCGCCGUGGGAUCCUCGUUCCGCUGGUGGAGGCAAGAAACAACUCGAGGUGAACUGCACCAUCGCGGAGUAUAUAAGCGAGGAGGUCCAGCGAUCCUCAGCACAUCUGUCCCCGCCGCCAUGAAGUCCGUCAUCCUCGCCUGCCUGGCCGCCGUCGCCAUCGCUGCCCCUCAGUUACGGCCGGACAGGCCCUUCAUCCGGGUGCUGACGUACAAUAGUGCUGACGACGGCAACGGCAACUUCAACUAUGAGUACGAGGCAGAGAACGGCAUCUACAAGAGAGUGCAGGGGACUCCCGGCUCCCGCGGGCAGAGUAACAUGAGGGGCGUGUUCAGGUUCCCCCUCGAUGACGGUACCAUCGCCGAAGUCACUUUCACCGCCGACGAGGACGGUUACCGCGCCGAGUCCCCGAUCAUCCCCGCCAUGCCCGCCCACGCCAUCGAGCAGAUCCGCAUCGCCGAGGAGCAGCGCCGCCAGGGGGCCACCUGGGACCAGCAGGGCAGGAGACUGACCCGCUAGACACCUUCACUAACAACGGUGACUUUGUUGCUACCACGUCAUUUUCUCUACCACUUAAUCCAUCUCUGAACCUUUUUCUUGCCCUGCCGCGGGUCCUUGGAUUGCCUUAGCUCUCGCCCAGCUCGACUUCCCGCAAAAUAUUGUAAACGAAAGCCAAUAAAAUAUCAAUAAAAAAUAUAA